AUGUUGCGCACAGCUGCUCGUGUCAUCAAGCCCUCUGCAUCGCGCCUGCGUAGCGCGGCGUUGGCUUCCAAUGUCUCUUCAAGUAGGUCAUUCUCGUGCUCGCAUGCACGCGCCUCGGAGGGCGUUCUGAACUCUCUCGACACGUUCACCGAGGAGGAACAGAUGCUCCGCGAGUCCGUCGCACGAUUCGCACAGGAGGUCAUUGCUCCUAAAGUGCGUGACAUGGAUGAGGCAGAGUUAAUGGACCCCUCCGUCAUCAAGGGCCUUUUUGAGCAAGGGCUCAUGGGUAUCGAGACUAGCGCGGACUACGGCGGUGCUGAGUCGUCUUUCACGUCCGCCAUCAUCGCAAUUGAAGAGCUCGCCAAGGUCGACCCAUCUGUGUCCGUCCUGUGCGACGUCCACAACACGCUCGUCAACACGAUCUUCCGCAAGUACGGGACUAAGGAGCAGAAGGAUAAAUAUCUUCCAGAGCUUGCCGAGUCCAAGGUUGGGUCGUUCUGCCUUUCGGAGCCCGCGUCGGGCUCGGACGCCUUCGCGCUGCAGACGCGUGCGCGUAAGGACGGAGAUCACUGGGUGAUUAACGGCACGAAGAUGUGGAUCACCAACUCGUAUGAGGCCGACAUCUUCCUGAUCUUUGCGAACGUGGACCCGAGCAAGGGCUACAAGGGCAUCACCUGCUUCGUCGCUAACAAGGACAUGGGCAUCCAGAUCGCGAAGAAGGAGCAGAAGCUCGGUAUCCGUGCUUCGUCCACUUGCUCGCUGAGCUUUGACGACCUACGCAUCCCUGCGGAGAACGUCAUUGGUGGCGAGGGUAAGGGGUACAAGAUUGCCAUCGAAAUUCUGAACGAAGGUCGCAUCGGCAUUGCGGCGCAGAUGCUCGGUCUCGCACAGGGUGCGUUUGACAAGGCAGUCCCUUACACGUAUCAGCGGUCGCAGUUCGGCCAGCCCGUCGGCACGUUCCAGGGAAUGGCGUUCCAGCAGGCGGAGGCCGCAAUUGAGAUUGAGGCGGCGCGACUGCUGACAUAUAACGCGGCACGCAGGAAGGAGGAAGGCCGCUCGUUCGUCCGCGAGGCGGCCAUAGCCAAGUACUAUGCCAGCCAAGUUGCGCAGCACGUCUCCGGGGCGGCGAUCGAGUGGGCGGGUGGCGUCGGCUUUACGCGGGAGACCGGUAUUGAGAAGUACUGGCGGGACUCGAAGAUUGGUGCCAUCUAUGAGGGAACGUCCAACAUCCAACUACAGACGAUCGCGAAGUUCAUUCAGAAGCAAUACUCAUAG